GCUGUCAAAUGUUGAUGACGUCACGUCUGCGACUCCAGUUCAGCAUGCUGUUGAAGUUUUUUGACUGCGGUUACAGAGGCUGUUUUCUUCAUUCAGACUGAAUAUAAAGGGAUACUAUUGACCGCGUUUCAGAUUUGUCUAUUUCGUACUGAGCCAACAAGCGAGGAGUUUUUAGCUUUGUUGUGCUGGAGCUUAACACUGUUAGAUUAGUAGCUUCAUGUUCAGGUCACUGAUUAAUGAUGUACAGUAGUGGAUUUAUAGCUCAAGGGGUUUAAUCUUCGUAAAAGGUAGUUUACAUUUAGUUUUUUAAAGCCCAGAGAUUAAAAUUUAAAGAUGGGCUCCACUUUGAGAAUGACAGUGAAGAUAUUUUUGAAACCCAUGAGCCCUUUCCUCUACCAGGGGAGUUCAGCUGUACCCACACCAAGGACAUCACAGCUGCCCCUCUCAGCAUGCUUUCUGUGCACAAGAGACUCAAACCACAACACUGGAGGCAGACAGACUGACUUCAGAAGCAAUAGACAGGACUUGUUGAAAAACAGGACCACCAGACAAAGGGAUGGGUCGUUUUGGGAUGCUGUUGGUAAGGGGACAAGCCAGUCCGUCACUCUUCGUCAGAAGCCUGUCUUCCCCAAAUCUGUGUUUGCUGCUGGGACAGCCAAGAGGACCACAGAGAUUCUCAUGAGGAAGAGAGCUGCUGUGGUCUCUCAAGAGGAGGAGCUGAGUGAGGAGGAGGAGUCUGACGAGAGCAAAACAAAGAGAGCAGGUAAGACAGAGGAGACUACUGAAGGAGACAGCUUUUUAUACCAGGAGAACUUCUCAGGUACAGAAAAAACUGAAUGUUAGAAUGACUCAACAACAACAACACAAACACAGACACUCAUCUGACUUCAGUAAGUCUUGUUAAAUAAAACCAUAAACCCAAAAGAAACUGAGACACCAUGAAAAAUGUCAAUCUGAACUGAUGUGGAUGUUUUGCAAAUCAUUUAAACACUUAAUUUAUUUGGAAACAGUGCAAAAAAGAGUCCAAAAUUAAAACAGAACACUUUUAUUGUUUAAUGAAAAGAACAUGCGUAUUUUAGGUCUAAUUCCAGCAAAAUAUUUCAGAAAAGUUAAGAAGGGGACGUGUUGUCCAUCACCUCUUCUUUCGAAAACACCCACUGAGAGUUUGGGAAUCAGGGAGGCGAGUUUUCACAGUUUUGGAAGUCGAAUGUUGUUGCAGCUGAACCUUAUUAAAUGGUAGAUGUUCCCCCAGCAAUGUAUAAUUUUUGUUGUGUCGUACAGUUGUUCUAGUUUUUUAGUGUUCCUGUCCCAUGAAGCAUGUAGCUGAUGUCAAAGCUGGGAAUGGCACGAGUAUUUGUUUUUGAUAAAACAAAAGUCUUUGUCAGUGUAAAAAAUUAAAUAAAGGUUUUGAAAUAUUAGUAGUUUCUGUGAGAUCGUUGUAAAUCACUGUUUCAGUAACUGGAGUAUACAUGUUUCAAAGGGAGGAUGGAGCCCCCAGACCAGCCACUCUCUGUUACUGAGUGGAAGAACCUGAAGAAAACUUAUGGAAAUCCAAACCGCUUCGCCAUCCAGAUGAUGAAUGUGAUCUUUCACUCUGGGGCCCACCUCAAUGUAGCCAAGUAAGAGGAUGAAGACAGUUGUCCUUACAUUUCUUGUUUUUUCGCCAAAUUGGUGAAAUCUCAAACAAUUCUAUUCCCAAUCUCAUGUUGAUUUACCUCAAAGAACUUGCAGUGAACAGUAUGUUUGAUAAUACAGUUAACUGAACCUCUCCAUCACAGAUCUCUACUGACUUUUGUAGCCAUGGAAACAGGGACACUCUCCUAUGAGCUGCUACUACGGUACUUGACGCUGUGCGUGAACAGCGGCCAUGACAGUGAGGCGUUAGAUGUCUAUGGCAUUAUGCAGGAGAGUUUUCCAUCUUUGGAGACAGGAGCCUCCAGCCUCUUUAUCAAGUCCUUCAGCCGCACAGAGAGGUGGAGAGAAGCCAUCAACAUCUUGCAUGAGCUGAAGAAGGUGAAAGAUUAUUUUGUAAAUUUCCCUGAAAAUAUCAAAUUACUCAAAAACAUGAUGUCCCAUCAUCACCUUGAUUUCAUGUCAUACCAACAGGUCUUUACCCCGUCACAACGCAACUAUAGUGAUAUAAUCUCAGCAGCAAUGUUACAUGGAGACACCAUCACUGCCUGGGCUCUUUAUGAUGAGUUAAUUGAAAAGGGUAUAAGUCCAAACCAGGAGACCUGGGAAGCUCUGUUUAAGGGCGAGAAGCAGGCUCAUGAAGAAAAAAAGGGGGAGGCAGAGGCCAGGUCUCAGUCUGAGAUCAAGGAAAAGCUGCUGGGGAUUUUGCUGUGCAUGAGGGACAACCAGAUCUACCCACAACUUGGCCUGGCCAGCAGCAUCAAGUCUUGGUUUGAGAGGUACAAGAGCUGAAGUCAGAGACAGUGAGGGCCAGUGGAAAAGUGAGAGUGAGAUGAAAUCCACAGAUUAACUCAACACUUAUCCUAAUGAUACUGAUAAUAAUAACACUGAUCAUCUUUAUUUGGAGAACAUCUCUUCCACAAAAAUGUAGAGUAAUUUGCUUUGCAGUGAGUAAUUAGUACUUCACAUGUAAGCAGAUUAAUGAGUAAGAAUGCACUGAGUGAAGAAGACAUCUAAUUAACCAGUAGUAUUCAUUGCAGAUUAGUGUAUGUGAAUUUUGUCUAUGUAGGGUUAGCAGGGCCUCAGUGGUAGAGUUAGUCAUCUGUAAAUCAGAUGGUCAUGGGUUCAAUCCCAUGUCCUGGUCCCACUGGCUGCACCCUGUGAAGUGUGAAUGAGUUUAGAUAAAAAUGAUGGGUACUGUAUUUUUCGCACUAUAAGGCGCACCUGAUUAUAAGGAAAUGAACCAUAAAUGAACGCGUCUAUUCGCGUCUAUUUUCAUAAGAAAGGUGCACCAGAUUAUAAAGCACAUUAAGCCAAACAAGACAGUCAGAUAAGUCACACUUUAUUUAACUCAUUCAAUAACUCUGCGAGGCUGCGGUAGCUGCAGUGCUACGACAAGCCAAAAGAAUUUUAAGUGUGCCUUAUAGUGCGAAAAAUUUGUAUAGCAGCCUACAGGUGAAUGUGACCUUUAGUAAAAACACUUUGUUAAAAGGUUGUUAAAACUUUAACUGAAUAUAAACUGUUUCUGGAUUACAGCAUUUCAUGCUGUAAUUGGUUAAGGCUUUGAUAUUAAACCUUUUCUAUUUUUUCCCUCUCAUUUCCUUCACUCUGUCUUAAUCGCUUUGUUCUCAGCCUCACUGGAGAGAAAUGGACAGGAAGUUGGACCACUGCAACCCCAAAGUAAUUCUUACACUUUAUCUUAGCAUGAACCUUCAUAGGCGGAAAUGUGUUUUUGAAACAGAUCUGAGUUUGUUUGUUUGUUUGUUUGUGUGUGUUUUCAGGGGUGUAUGUAGUAGCUGUGGGUCUGCAUUAGAGACCAUCAAUUUGACCACUGAGGAGUACAGUGAGCUCAAAGACAAAGUGAUGUCUGACAUCAUUGAGGGAAGAGAUGUUUUUUGCAAGACUACACCACAGGUAUGCACACACACACAUUGGCAAAGUUUGACUGAAUCAGUAUUUAAAGUGAACAUUUCAAGAUUUAAAUAGGACUUAACAAAUCAUCACAUACCACUUCACUUGUGUCUCCAUCAUGGUUGUGUUUAACUUUUACUUUUGUAAGUCAAAUACCUGUAAGCUGUGAUUAUUAGAAACUUAAAAGAGAUAUGCUAAUAACCUUUUAAUGUUGGGUUUUAAAUUAAACCAAUGAAAAACAAUAACAACCAAAGAAACCCUUGUAAGGUUAUUUUCUUUUGUCACUGCCAAAAGCGUGAUAUGGCAAGUUUUGCAUAUUCCAAGACAAGAUGAAAAGUAAUCAGAGAAACUAGAGUAACUUCUUUAAAAGGAAGGGUAUCUUUGUACAUUUUUUAGAGAGAAAUUGUUUCAUUCUUACCGGGGAGCCUACUCUAACAUCUGGUGUGGGACUGCAGAUGAUUACUAGCCCUUUGGCUAACUCUGACGUAUUUACAAAAGUGUUGCUUGAUAUGCACCGCGCCUGUAAAAUAAAAAUAAAUACAAUGAAAUGAGAAAUAUUACAGUGUCAGACCAAGACUAUACGAUUCUUCCUAUAGUCUGAUUGCAGUUAAACUCUGACCCCCGCAUCACUGAAAAUUACAAUGUUUUCACCUACACUCAACAAAGAUACAAAUAUACAUUACACUGAAAUGUGAAAAUGAAUUACUGUGAAACUGCAGUUUUGCCAAUCUGCUCUCUUAAACAAAAUGUGAAUAGUCUCUAAUUGCCUUGAAAAUGAUGCUUUUGCAAGUUUCUUUUUUGGGGGACAUAUCUAAUCCUUUAUGUCAGUUUUGUUUAAAGAAAAAAAUCUGAUCCAUUUCAGACUUCAUCAACGUGUUUCAUGUUCCAGCUUUCUACCUUUAACUUCUGCUAGAUGGCGUCAUGUGCACACUAGGCAACAGGUCGAUGAGGUAUUCAAAUCAGUUUAGUCAACUCUGGACUUCAAGAAACUGCUUUCACUUGAUAAAUGAAAGUCAAGCACUCUCUUUACAGACCUCCUGUUCUCACACUUUGAGAAGCUUUCUUAAAGUUAGUUCAUUUUAGCAGUGGGCUCAGAAACAUUAUUCAUUAAUAUGUCUGGGCUGACAUUACUUAAGAACUGUAUCCAAAACACAGCGAAUGCGCACUAUUCAGCUUUCUCUUUUCCUGCCCUGUAUGUGAUUCAGAUAAGUCUGUCUGGCCUAAACGGCUGUUUAGAUACAGGCAAAUAUUAAACCACCUGCUGCUAACUACAACUGGCUUCCACAAGGGAUUUUAAUAUUUCUAACCAGCAAUCUGUAUCACUCAAAAUAAAACAAAAAACAAGGUAAAUAUUCGGAAAAAGAAACAAACAAAAGUUUUAUUUAUUACUAUUAUUUUGCUUGACCUUGUGAUGGCAUGCAUCAGGUGAUACUUUCAGAUAAAUCUUAUAUUCUUUAAAACCUUUUGAAGAAAAUCAGCACAUCAGCUGUGAAAUUGAGGGUUUCUGUAUUGUAAUUUUAAUGGCUGUAACCACCGCGAGGAGGAAAGUGUCGGACAAGACAUCAUGCACACACCAAGAAACACCCUUUUUAUGCAUUUCCCAUUGCCAACUUUCCCUGUGAGUGAUACACUGUCAAAAAACAAAGGGGUUAUGUUUUCUGACAGAGACUACAUCUGCUUUGAAAUAUCAGACAAAAAAUCAGACAAAUUAACACAAACACCAAGUUCCCCAGAGAGGCUUUGAGAACACAGCUGCGUCAAAAACUCCUUGAAUAAUCUACAUUAUUACCCUGUUGUUUGGUAAAAGUGGGUCUUGCGUGACAGAAACAUGCAAAUUGUCAUUUUUAGUCCUCAAUUAUUUAACAUAUCAAACAAACCAGAUGCCGCAUGCUAAUUAGUCUGAUGUUCGAUAUUUCCCCGUCUUCUGUUCUGCACAUACAACGUCACACAGAUCUGACUGGUAACUGCUGGAAUGAUCUUAAUCAUCUUAGUCAAAAUUACAAAGAAAUGAGUUUUACGAGGUGUCAGACUACUCUGCUGCUUUGUGCUAAGAAUUUGUCAUAUUUUACAUGCAUUGAAGAAUCUGAGUUCAUGAUAUUACACUGUGAACACAGUGUGUAUUUGAAGGCCAAAGACAUCAAGUGUAUCAGUCCACUCAAAGUUUGCCAAGUGAUGGUACACACACACCUGUCUGAUGAACCAACACCAUGAACAGAUUAUCAGGAUCUAAAUACUGGCACUAAGGUCAGCACGAACCAGUUUAAGAACAAGGAAACAUAAAAUGAAGACUGUAUACAUCUAUAGAGUUAAAAUCAGGCAGUUAUCAUCUGAUCUUGGUUGCAUACACACACACUGUGAUGUUAAAUAGCCAGAUAGACACAAGCUUUUCACUGGAUUUGAAGGCAUUGACUGUAGCUGCCAGUGUCAAUAAGGAAAAUCACCUUUCAUAGGUCCUGGAAAAUCUUGGCACAUUGUUAGCAAUAAAUUUAAAUGUAAUCUGUAAUCUUUAAUUUUCUCACUGUGAGAUAGUUUGCUUGUGUUUUCCGUUUUUCUGAAGUCUGGGGGAGUUUGUCAGUGGAACGGUUAAAUUUAGGGGAUUUCCAGCAUGUGGAGCACCAUGUGAAUCUGGACCACAACUGCCUCCCACCAAGGAGACAUACUGAGGAAGAGAGCCAGACAUUUUAACUCGACUUUAUUAAUUUCCAAUUCAAGGCGAUUCAUUAUGAGGGCAUGCAGAGGGCCUCAGACAACAGUAAAGCAGCAGAUGCAGACUGAUAAAGGAAGAGAGUAAGGAAAUAAACUGCAGGAGGGGGAAAAAGAGCUGAGUUUGUCUUUUUUAUAUUCUUGUGCCCAGACAAACUGACUGAGAAAAACUCACAUGCAACAAUGCAGACAGCAAUCUUACUACACUUGUUUACGUACAAAAGUAAUCAGAGACUGGAGAACUUGUGAGAAAGCCAUGCAGGGAUGCAUCUCCAUAAAUCAAAUCAGUGAAACUUUUUUUUUUACAUACAGUCAAAAGAAAAGUUCAUUUCUGAAACUGUAGUUUCAAAUGUUGCUGUGUUGAGGAGUGUUACCAAGAAAAUAGCAAAGCUUGGAGUUUUUCUGAACACUUAAACAUGCAGCAAAUACUCCAGUGAAAGAGCUUUUUCGUUUACAGCUCAUUACAAAGAAAAUUCCACAAAACAUUACCAAAAAUGUUUUACAUGAGAUGAGAAAAUAUUUAAAUGUUAUAACAAUACUUGUCUUUCUGGGAUGCCCAGUGGUUAUCUGCACCACUAAGCACAGGCUAUGGUCCAUGACACAGGUGGCUGCGUCUCAGUCCCCGAUCUCUCUGUACAUUUCUGUCCUAUAUUCACAGUCAUAUCUGUCAAAUACAGGCAUUAAAAGGCCCCAGAAAAAUGAUUCAAACAACGUUAGCUGUUACUCAUUCCUAUUAUCCUUUAGCCUGCUAUUUUAGUAAAAUAAUCAUCCAUAAAUGUAGAACGUAAACACUUUUACAACGUAAAUGUAAAAAGUGUAUGUAUUUAUUUUGACCUAUUUGAUGAGCCUCUUUGUCACUUAUCCUUAUAAUGAGGAGAGACAUUGUAAUCUGUAUUUUUAUUCAUUUCAAAAGAGAAAACUAUGAAACUUCAAAUGAAAACAAAAUGAUUACGAAAAGUCGCACAAUGAAAUGGUUGAUCUAAAAAACAGGAUCUCCUAUCAAAUUGUUGAAUCAGAAUCAAAGGGUGUUACGAUAGCUUGUUUUCUCAUGUCUGAUUUUAUGCAUUAGUUUUCAAGCUGUUAGUAGUUUUUAAAAAGUACUGUCUAGCCAUGGUGCAUAAAUGGCACAGAAGCCUAUUUAUGCAGGUGCAAAUGUGUCUGUUUGUCUGAGUGUGUGUUUGUUUUAAGCAGUCAUAUAAUCCACAGCAGCACAAUGAGCUGGUUUCACAUAUCAGCCCUGGAAAGUCCCUGGAUAAUUAUACUGGACUUUCUCUCUGUCUCUUCAUUCUCUGUCUCCUCCUCUCACCCCAACGUUCCUCUCAAACUUUAAUCCUUUUCAACUAGAUUUGCAUACUUUCUCUACCAUGGUCACUUUUUUAUGUUAUCUCCUGAACUUUUAUCUGUACAUCAUCCAUUUUUUCUCUUUUCUAAGUCCCUCUAGGAUCUGAUGUGAAACUGCACUCUGUUGUUGCAGACUAGAUAAGUGUGUUCAUGUGUGCAUCAGCAGGAUUUUGCUGGCCUCUAAUCUGAUGUACAGUUUCAUUAGAGGAGGAAUAUUACAGCCUAUUUACAUUUUUACUGACACAUUUUGAUUUUGCGCCUGUGAUAGGGCGCACAGUCAAGUUCCAAGUCCAGGGGAAUUCACAGCAACCCAUUUCCAUACUGCCGCUCUCUAAAAGUGAAAGUACUAACAGUGUUCACAUGGGAGAGGCCCGUCAUAAAUUUCAGCAAAGCUUUCCUGUUGUGUUUCAUAGCUGUAACAGAAUAUUGUACUCACUGCCCGGAAUAUUAUUUAGACUGAAGCCUUCCUCAUUUCUUGCACUUUAAGAAAAAAUGUUAGCAUUCUCUUUCAAACAGAUGACACAGAAAUAUUCAGCUGAUUGUAUUUCAGCCAUUCUCCUUUUUAAGUUAUAGUUUGUGAAAAUCAGGGUUAAAUAGUUUCCACAUAAAACUGUUCACUAACAUAUCUGAUGCUGGCCACUUUAGAGGCAGUACAUCUGAGUUUUAGACUGUCAAAAUGCAGGAAGACCAAAUGUAGGACGGGCAAAGUACAGAUCGUUCCACUGACCGUUCAAUUUAAACAACCAGGAAAAACAAAUUGUAUCAAAGUGUAAAUGAGUACAUUUUAUAAGCUCUAAAACUGUGUCAUAUUGCAGAGCUGUAAGCAACCAGCUGGCUUUUUGUCAGCUCAGUGAUGAGAAGGAAAGACAGAAGCAGAUGUAUUACUGGCAGGCCUGUGAUCAGUCAGUGAGAAAAGCAGCCAACCAUCAGACCAGUCAGCUCACAGGUGGAGCUGAGCUGUGCUGCGAGAACACAAUGACGAACAUGACUCUAAAUCUGCAGACUUCUCUGCACAUUUCUGGCACUUUACGUAUUUAGUCAGACAGAUACUAGAUUUGUCACUGUGACUACAAAUGGGAAAGUCUGCUCAUUCAUCUAAAUAUACAUGAAAUAGGACUCAUUUCUGGAGCUCUGCAAUGAAGGAUAAUUUCAAUAAAACGUAAGAAAAACCGACCCUAACUAAGUAAAUAGAGUUAGUAGUUAAAACUUGAGUUUACCAAAGAUAUUAGAAAAAAAAUUUAGUUAAUCUGUUAAAAGAGGAUUUCUGCUUUUUAUCCAACCAAAAGAAAUAUUUCAAAGUGAACUUUUGCAAGUGUCUGCCCUCAACAAGAGUAAAAUAAAUUACCUUUGAACUUAAAAAAUACUUUCCCUGUUUGAAAAGAAGAGAUCACUUAGGGGUGACUGGCUGAGUGGAUUUUUUUUGACUGUUACAGAUUCAUGAAGAUUUAAGUUUCACGUGACAUUUAGCUCUUUUUUGCUUUGAUUUUGUAAAAAGGACUUUUUCCUGUUGUUACAUCCUAAAUAGACAGCAGCAUCACUGAAAGACACCAAAGUUUCAUCACAAACAGAUUCAUAUUUUAUCAUGAGGGUUACGUGAAGGAGGUCUCUGUGCAGCAUGCCUAAUUUACAUAUAUAUAACCAUGAUCAGGAAAGCAGAUACAAAAAAAAAAAAACAGCUAAAAGUCCAAUUAAAUCACAGAGUGAUCAGCAGGACAAACCACCAACACCACCAGGAAAGCUCCAGAGAGGAAGUCCCAUGAACAAAGCAGUCUUUCCUGUGCAUGUGAAAAUAGGUUGUCUUCAUAACAAAAUCAUUCUGCUCUUUAUUUCUUCUGUCUUUCUUUCUUUUUUUCUUGUUUUACUUUUUAGAAUUAAAUCAGAACAGAAACCACAAAACUUCACCAGCCUACAAAUGUAGCAGGGGUUACUCUCUACCUACAUCCUCAUAUUCGGUAGUAUGAGCCCAGGUUAGAUGACAGCAGACUCUUUUUAUGAGACUCAGUCCAUUUUAUUCAGUCUUGUCGUGACUCCGUGCUUUAGUUCAGAGAUAAUGAGUCAGUUUUUCCAUGGGGUUUAUUUCCUUCAUAAUAUUUAACCAAUGCUGGGUUUGACAAAUCCUUUUUGAUCCAUCUCAUGUGAUGGCCUUUUUACGUGCAAGUAUCAGGAUUAAAAAAGGCUGAGGUUCCUUUUUUUUAUUUAUGUUUCUGGUAAUCAGGCCCAAGUACAUGAUCUGGGUGUUUCUGAGUAUCUUGUUGCUGAUUCAGAGUAACCCUGUCCCAAAAAGUUUGUAUUUUUAUACAUAGCCAGAAAAUGUGUGAUUGGCUUUUAAAUGCCCACAUUUUCCCAUCACUGCUACAACUGCUUAUUUUUAUUUGGGGUGUAACAAAGAACUAUCUAACUAAGUUAUGAAAAUCUUAGUAGAUCCCCAUUAACCAGAUUGAACUGUUGGCCUUUUCAAAAGUUUUAAUUGCCUUCCCCUUUGUAAAUGUACAUUAAACAGUUAUUCCUUUCUCUCUCCAGGUUUAAUUGAAGUCAUUUUACAGCCUCAUGCAGUUUUUUCUCUGGAGUUAUCAUAUCUGCCUUUUGGUCUUCAGUAUCUUUUCAUCUAGUCUGGCCUGACACACUGUUCUCUUUUUUAUAGCUAAAUGUAUCGCUCAUCAAGUCUUUUGCUGUGCUGCAUGUGAAAAAAGGUCAUAUCAGCAGCAUACAGUGCAACACUUCUGGUCUGACACCCUCCUGCUUCUGGUUUCAGACAAAAAAAAAACUGUAUAGACAGUUAUAGAAGUGUUUGUACUAAUAGAUGGUCUUCUUUGAAUUGCUGGGCCAUAAAGAGACAUCAGUGUUAAUUUCAGUCUGCUAAAAACUCAUCCCAGCAGCUUUAAAUGCUGUUCAUUUUUUCAGCUGUAAGUAGUUCUAUAAUCUGACUUUGUAAUUCAGUUUUGAAUUCCCAUCAGCCUUAAAAGUUUUCAUUCUUGCACACCUAGCUUUUACUGUUACAAUUGUAAAAAAUCAUUUGUUAAUAUGCUCAUCUUCACAUUAAAGCCUCACUGGUUUUAAGUGCAUGCUAAAAGACUUGCCAUCAGGACAAUACAUUUUUGUCUUGUUGGUCGAGCAGAGUACUAGUCUUUUCACAGCAUUAUACAAAUCCAGAAGAAGCAUCUGUUAAUAUGAACAUGCAUCCAUAAAGUCUUACAGCCUCUAUGAUGAAACAAAAAACUGUUUUUAAGCAAGCUGCUGAUUCUUUAGAUGUAACUGGACUUAUCUUUUUAUAAGUUUUUUUUAAAUCUGCAUCUCCACUGACCUAUUUUAUUUCAAUACAUUAAUCUCACUCUUUUGGGGCUUACUGUCUGGUUGUGUCUGCUCAGGAGUUGGAGAGGUUUAAGGCAUUUGUGGAGAGGAAGCCAGCUUUUGAUGUGGUGGUGGACGGACUGAACGUUGCAAAUAUCAGCACCAACAAAAGCAAGUUGUCAGAGACGGUGAGAAAGCACACUGAUUUUAAUCUCUUUGAAUAAAGCUCUGAGAAGAGGUUAGAGAAGUGGAACUUUUAGGGGUCCACCAGUCCAGCUGAGCAUUUAUUGGUCAUGUGCAUGCACUUUUACAGUCUAGACUUUGGUGGUUUCUUCCACCUUAAAUGUCUUGUAACUCUGGGGGUUUUUUUGCUCGGUGUAUUAUGACUAGGAGGCGUCUUUUUAACCAGCCACUACCUAAUUAUGAUAACACCUAGCCCACUUGCUUGUCUACAUCUGUCUGUCAAUCAGGAAGUGUGUGUGUGUGUGUGUGUGUGUGUGUGUCUACUGUCUUUCUCUCUGUGUUGAAGACAGUCAAAUCUUUCUCAGAUGUGUUGUGGCUCUGAGAUAAAGGAAGGUACAAACAGAAAAACCUAUUUACCUAUCUUUUUAUCUCCAACAGAAAACAGAUAUUAAUUAAAUCUGUAUGAAACUGACAUAAAAUUUCAUCACAGACACCUUUUUAUGCAAAUGGAGUAGAGGUGUGUCAGUGUGAAGUAUGAAAAUACCUGCUGAAUGUCUGUUUAAACAAGUAAACAGUGCUGCCAUAAACAGUUUGAGGCUGAAUUUGGGUCCCGUUGCUCAAUUUAGAAUGGCAGUGAUAACACAGUGCUAUACAAUACAAGAUCUUUAUUUAUCCCCAAAGAAAAUUCAUUAAAGAUGUGAAUCUGUGCUUAAAUUUUGCUUAUAAUACCGUAUACAACAUCUCAGCAUGUUAGCAAGUUUGCAUGUGCUCAAUACAAAGCCUGAUUGAUUAAUUUUCCAGGAAUUUGAUCAUGAAGCAAAAUUUAGAUCUGAUCAAAAAUUCAGAGGACCAGCAAUGUUACUGAUAUUAAUCCCCUUCUUAAGUUUAAUACAUGCACCAACUUUCAUGCCAAUGUAUUACAUACAUGCUGACAAAAUUCACUUAAAACCACAAAUGUUUACCCUGUGAUGGUUCAAAAGGAGAAGCUUAGGGAUCUUGGGUUAUCAGAUUCUCUCCUCCAGUGAACACAAAUGUCCGGACAAAUCUUGACUGCAGCCUAGCAUCACCUAGAAAUGUGUGUAUACAGUAAACUAACUUUCUUAUGUUAAAAAAGAAAAAAAGAGGCUUUAUUUUUUGGCUCUCAGAUACACAACAGCCUCACAAAACCAUCCGAUUCUGGGGAAUCAAAAGUUAGAAUGGAUUUAAAUCUUCAGUUCUUGGGACUGUGAAUUUUGUUUUUUAUGUGGGAAGUUUGCAUUACUGUCUGUUCCAUCUUUAUAAAUAUAAAAAUGGUAUCCAAAUAAUUCUGAGAUACCCCUAUCGAUGUCUCCUAUUAAUAUUUGUGUCGUACAUUAUGUUCCAAUUCUCACAUUCAUUCUCCCAUUCGAACAAGGUAACACUGAUAGAUGCAAACAUUGUAAAAGUGUUUCUUGAAACUUGUAAAGUUCUCUCUUGGCUUUUAAGCACUGCUAUAUAAACUUAAAUCUAGUCAUAACUGAGUGUUAUUACAUGUUCUGUGUCUUAAUUAAAUGUAAAUUGGUUAUUAAAGUACAUAUGUGUAUGUUCCAGUUGCUUACGGUGGUGCGAGAGCUGCACCAUCAGGGUCUCAGUGUGCUGGUGUUGGGAAGGAAACACAUGCUGCGGCCCUCCAAAGCCUGGGAGAGAAACCACAUGGACCUUAUCCGGCAGAAGGCUCACUGCUUCUUCACUGACAACAUGUGAGCAGCUGAGAAUUGAAAGAAUACUGUUAGAAAUGCUUUGAAGCAAACCAAAAACACACACUUUUUUAGCACACACAGAAACCACACAUUACUUAAAACACAUAAGGGGGCCUUAGCUUCACAGAGAGGAAGACUCUUUCCUUUAAUUUUAUAUGCAGCUGAGGUUCUUCUUCAUCCAUUACUGAAAGUGACCCUGGAUUUAAGAUGUCUUUGUUGCACUUAGCACAUAAUUAUGCACUUGUUCCUUAUCUAAGUCCUCUCCUCUGUGUGUCAAUCAGCUCAGAGGAUGACCCCUUCUUACUAUAUGCCGCUUUGCACUCUGGGAACCACUGUAAGUUUGUGAGCAGGGACCUGAUGAGAGACCACAAAGCCUGUCUGCCAGAUGGAGCCACCAGACGGCUCUUCUUCAAAUGGCAGAGAGGCCACCAGCUUGUAGUGCAUGGAAAUGUCAUUCCCGGCAAGAAAGUUCGUUUCCAGGUGAGGAAGAGGAGGGAGGGGUGUGAGAGGGUUGGGUUAACAAAUAGACAAAAAUGACAUAUGCUUAUCAACUGUUUUUAUAUGUGUAUGUUUAGAGUAUCCCCAGCUACGACACAGUCAUCCAGAACUCAAUGGACUCAUGGCACCUUCCCUAUGAUGAGACAGAGGACCGAAGCACCUAUGAAGUACCCUUAAGAUGGCUCUGUCUCACCAGAGAGCACUAACAUGCACACACACACACAUAUACAUAUACACACACAAUUUGUGCAGAAAUUAAGCUUUGGACUUAAAAAUAAAAACAUUUUGAAAAGGUAA